AUGCUUGCCAUCACCAGCAGGCAUAUGCUGAUCAUGCAGGUGAUAGGGACGGGCGGUAGCAAGAGCGUCUUGUUCAUGCUGCCAGCAUUCUGCUCGCCAGACGGAGUGACAGUGGUUGUGAUGCUGCUGGUGGCGCUGCAGACAGAUCUAUAUAGGCGAUACGUCAAGGCGGGGAUCACUUCGCACGUGUGGCAAAGCCGCAAGAACAACCAGGCGGCGUCCAUCAUCUUCGUCACACCUAAGUCGGCCGUCACAAAGGGAUUCAGAGACUUUAUCGCACAGCUAGAAGGGAGGCAGGCGCUAGACUGCGUCGUUAUGGACGAAUGCCACGUCAUGCUCAAAGGAUCACAGAGCUUCCAGCCACAGCUCAGAGAGCUCAGAGAGGCGAUCCGCAAGUUCGGCGUACAGACGAUAUGCUUAACGGCGACGCUCGCGCUAACAGACAAAGCAGCAUUCUUCUACGCUAUACAACUGGAGGCCAGCUGGGUGAGGAUGUUCUAA